AGUUACAGAUGUACCGUUCGCGUGAUUGGCUGCACUGCGGGCCAGAUCCGGUAGUGUUUCGGGAUUGUUCGGCGGUGAAGUAGCACUGCCUCCACCACCGCGUUUUUCACACCACCCCUUCACUCUCUCUCUCUCUCUCCCACUCACUCUCCAUCGCGUACCUCUCGGUUCGAGCUCAACCCAACCUGUUAUCCAUCGGACCCCUUCUACCCUUCCUAGCAUCCCACCAACCUCCCCCUCCACAUUCCACCAUCCUCGGAGUCUCUCAACCCCGGAAAAAACCUGCGCCACCACACUCUGGCACGCAAAGAAAAAAACGCCUUUUGCUCGGGUUCGCAGAUGGAACCGGAUGCUCCACCAACCAAACGGCCAACCGACAAUCAAGCACCACGAUCAACGGGCGGUUUUUCGGGUUCGGAAAACGCAAUAGCAGCGGGCUACCGGAGACACUGGUGCCAGUGAUAUGUAAUCCCUGAACCAGUGGUCCUUAACAAGGUUCCGGGGUUGCCAAACGGGGUGAAAAAAAAACCCACGAAAAGUGGCGUUCAUCAUCACCUUCUUCCAACAAUAAUCCUCGGCCCCAAAAAACGAAAAGAAGGGGUGGAAAAAAAGAAGAUGAGCGGAACCGAAAAAAGGGUGUAGCAUCGGUCGUUGGAACUGGAAACUCCUCGCGCACACCUACGUAGCGGUGGACGGGGGAGAUGAUGAUGUACGCAGUGUACCUGAAAGAGCUGUGAAAAUUAAGCAAUCUUUUGGCGUGUGUGUGUGUGUGUGCUGUGUUAGUGUGAGACCAUCUGCGUGCGUAGAUGACAGUGAACGUGUAUUGUGAAGUAUACUAGCUAAGUGUGUGUGUGUGUGUCUGUGUGUGUGUGCGGACGCACCAUGAAUAAGGGCUAUAAGAGAAGAUGCUGAACUAGUGAUCGGAAGGCUUGCGUGCCCAGCAGGCCCAGCAUCGUGAAGUGAGCAAAAUGGUGUGAGGAGGUGCUGAACCACAGGGGGGAAUGAACCAACAAUUCGUAUGCUAACUUCAAACAGAAAUCUAACCUCAAUCAUGUAUCAAGAGCAAUGUGUGCGGGAGCGGUUGUACGCAGCAGCGCCCCCAUCAUCGAUUCGACUGGCCGCGUGUGCAACGACGCGGGUGCGUUGCCCACCUUAGCUGGAAAACCCGAUUCGGAAAAGGGCCGGGAUCAGUACCAAAAAAAAAAAAAACCAAAAAAAAAACAGGAGAGAAAACCCCCGACAACAAUAUAGCUAUAUGUAGCGGAUAUAUACAUCCAAACAACACAGUGUCGUUAAAGACUGGUUUAGGGCUUUGAUUUUUAAGGGGUUUUGGGCUGGAAGUUUGUUCACUUAGAAAUUAGACAAAACAGUUCCUCAAAGUUGCUGCACAAGGAAAAACGCAACAUCCUGCGUGCGUGUGCGUGUGUGUGUGUUAGGACGCUCCUCUGUACGCGGUUGACACGGUUGAGACUGUGAGCAAGGGUACGCCACCUUUACCUGCCCGAGUGCGCUCGGUAAUGCAGCCCACUGUGCGCUGGUUUACCGACCGCUUGCCGAAUUACGGUGUUCUGUGAGUUCUGUGAGCAUUCCCCGUAACUGUAGCGAACCUUUCAGCCCGUGUUCAGCAAAGCGUACCAUACUGCAAGGGAACCACAGAAAGCAUCAACCAGCUGGGGAGUCGUGAGGACCCGAGCGACAUUCCGCCAGUUGGACGGUGGUUCCGGUGCAAGAUGGCCGAACAGCAGCGUCAGCACUGGGGCAGUGGACGCUCACACCGGGGCCAUGUUGCGCCGACCGGGUUCGGUGUGCGGUUGGGACUGAUCGUACCGCUGCUCACCGUACCCCUGUUUCUGGGACUCGUGUAUGGCGAGGAGCAAACGACGGAAAUAACGUCCGAGGGCGUGGGACAGUACACGGGCAAAUCGGAACAGUCCCAACAGGGGCCGAACCAGCUUGGUGCCGCAUGGCAGAUAUUUGGCUCCAACUCGAUGCGGCAGUCGGGCGAAGGCCGGGUGGUGAAGACGAAACCGCGCAAACCGAAACCAUACCAGAAGGAUAUCCGGCCGCAGCUGCCACCGGGCAAGAUCAUGAUGGCACCGCCGAGACGGCGCACCUUCCACCAGGCGACCCAAUACCCGAAGAAUGCGUCGAUCGCGAUCGAUCGUAGUGCGGGACUGUCGCACCAUCCGAUCGGUAGCCAUGGGGCCGGUGGUAACGUGUACGGAUCGAUGUCACACUACGACACCGUGUACGGCAUACGGGGUGUCGAGCGGCGCGAGAACGAUGGGUUCCGGCCGUUCGAACGGUACGGGCCGAGCGCACACCUGGGACACUACCACAUCCAGCCGGAGGAUGACAUCUUUCGCCCGGACGACGAACUGCUGAUGGAGUCGGGCGGUGGGGGUGGUGGCGGUGGCGGUGCCGGUGGUGCCGGCAAGGUGGAUGGGCUGACCGGGAUAGAGAGCUGCGACAUCAAGUGUGAGCCGCGCGAGUUUACCUGCGACAAGAGUUGCGCCUGCAUCCACAUGGAUCUGCACUGCGAUGGGCAGGCGGACUGUGUCCUGACCGAGGACGAACAGAACUGCGAGAUCGUGCACCAGCGGUUAGCGCAGCAGAUAAAGGAUAAUUGCGAAACGAGCGGUACGCACGUGAUCUGUGCCACCACGCACACGUGCAUCUCGCGCGACUGGCUGUGCGACGGCGAUGAUGACUGCGGUGACUACACGGACGAGACGCACUGCGGGUCGCGGCUCGAGUGUACCGAGGAGAAGUUCGAGUGCCAGAACGGGAUGUGCAUACCGCGGGACUGGGUGUGCGACGGUGACAACGACUGUAACGACCUGUCGGACGAGAAAAACUGCACCAAACAGUGUACGCGGGACGAGUUUCGGUGCAAGGACGGUUCCUGCAUCUCGGCCUCGUUCCAGUGCGACGGCGAAACGGACUGUAUCGACGAGUCGGACGAGGCGAACUGUGACCGGCCGAUGCAGAGCUGCCCGGAGGGUGAGUUUAAGUGUAAGGGUGCGCUCGGCGGUAUGGGCGGUCCGGGCGGCCGGUGCGUGCUGAUGCGGUUCCGGUGCGACGGGGACAACGAUUGUGGCGACUGGAGCGACGAGGAGAACUGUCCGAAGAAGCAGGUCGACUGUAUGAUCAACGAGUUCAAGUGUGACGAUGGUGAUUGCAUCCCGCUGCAGUGGCGAUGCGAUGACAAGCAGGACUGCAACAACGGGGAGGACGAGAAGAACUGUCCGGUGGAUCGAAUCGCUGGCAGGACUUGCUCGCCAGAUGAGUACACGUGCAAGGAUGGGCGUUGCAUACUGCGAUCCUGGGUGUGCGAUGGAACGGCCGACUGUCGACGGGGCGAAGAUGAACAGGACUGCGACAUCAAGUGUGAGCUGAACCAAUUUCUGUGCCCGUCAGGCAGCCGAAACAGUACACGCGAUUCCAGCGUAUGCAUCAAUCAGAAACACGUCUGCGACGGUCACAGUGACUGUGCGAACGGUGAGGACGAGAUGCGUUGUCCGAUCGUCCAUCCGUGCGGGGCCCACUCACGGUGCGAGCAGCUCUGCGUAACUGCGUACAGUGGUCGGGAAGAGUGUAUGUGCCGGCCCGGGUAUCUACUCCACGGCAACGGUUACAACUGUACCGACAUCGACGAGUGUACGAUCAUCAGUAAUCCGGUCUGUUCGCAGGAGUGCAUGAACGUGGCGGGCAGCUUUCGGUGCUCGUGUCAGCCGGGGUAUGUACUGCGGCCGGACCAGCGCACCUGCAAAGCGGUCGGUGGUUCGGUGAAGCUGCUGAUGGCAAACCGUGCCGACAUACGGCAGGUGUCGCUCGCCAACAAUCAGUACACAUCGAUUGCGAAGGGUUUGCCGAAUGCGAUUGCGCUCGACUACCACUACCGGCAGGAUUUGCUGUUCUGGACGGACGUGUCGAUCGACGUGAUCAAACGUUCGCAUCUGAACGGGAGCGGCGUGCGGGACGUGAUCAAAUGGGGGCUAGAGUCACCGGGCGGGCUGGCCGUCGACUGGAUACACGAUUUGCUGUUCUGGACCGAUUCGGGGACGCGUCGUGUCGAGGUGUCGACGCUGGAUGGACAGAUGCGGGCAGUGAUCGCGGCGAGCGAUCUGGACAAACCGCGCGCCAUUGCCGUACAUCCUGGCCGGGCCCUGGUAUUCUGGACCGACUGGGGCACGGCUCCGAAGAUCGAGCGUGCCUUUAUGGAUGGGUCCGACCGGCAGACCAUCAUCGCGGAAGCCAUCUUCUGGCCGAACGGGCUCACGAUCGACUACACCAGCAACCGGAUCUACUGGGCGGAUGCGAAACACGUCAUCGAGAGCGCAAACUUCGAGGGUAAAGCUAGGCGUAAGAUACUGAGCAACAAUCUGCCACACCCGUUCGCGCUGGCCCUGUUCGAGGACUCGAUGUACUGGACCGAUUGGCACACGAAAACGAUCUCCACGGCGAGCAAGGUGAAUGGUCGUGGAUUCCGCGUCGUGCACGAGGGGCUCCACUUCCCGAUGGGCAUCCAGAGCUAUCACCCGUCCCGGCAGCCCGACUUUACGAACCGUUGCGCGACGGACAAGGGUGGACGUAAGGGUGGCUGUUCGCAUCUGUGUCUACCGGCCCGUACACACCGCCGGUGUGCCUGUCCGAUCGGCCUAACGCUACGCCCAGACCAGAAGACGUGCUCGACCGUACCGGACAAACUUCUGCUGAUCGCACGCAAGAAGGAUGUGCGCGUGAGGCAGCUGGAUGCGGCAAACCCGGUCGAUAUGGUGCUACCGCUCGACGGGAUCAAAUCGACCGUAGCCGUCGAUUGGUGCAGCCGUACGAAUGUCAUCUAUUGGACGGAUGUGGGUAAGAGCAUGAUUAGCCGUGCGUUCAUCAACGGUAGUCAGCAGGAGGCGAUCGUGAAGUCGAACCUGAUCUCACCGGCUGGGCUCGCGCUGGACUGGGUAACGGACAAGAUUUACUGGACCGAUCCGGGUACGAACCGGAUCGAGGCGGCCACCACGGACGGACGGCAGAGGGCGCUGCUGAUCUGGGAACGGCUAGACAAACCGCGGGAUAUUGUGGUACAUCCGGGCGAGGGCUACAUGUUCUGGUCGGACUGGGGCUCGAACCCGUUGAUCGAGCGGGCCGGGAUGGAUGGCAGCGGUAGGUUCACGCUUGUCUCGGAGAAUCUGCAGUGGCCGAACGGGUUGGCGUUGGAUGUGGAUAAGCAGCGGCUGUACUUCCUGGACGGUGGUACCAAGUCGCUCGAGUACGUCAACUACGAUGGUACCGGGCGGAAUCGGUUGAUUACCGAGGGUUUGAAGCAUCCGUUCGGGCUGGACGUGUACGAGAAGCGGGUGUACUGGACGGAUUGGGACACGCACAGCAUACAGGUGGCGAACAUGUACAACGGGCACGACCGACGUACGAUACUCGCCAAUAACACCGACCUGAUGGAUAUCCGCGUGUUUCAUCGGAACAGACGCGAGUCGCGCAAUCCCUGUGGACACAAGAACGGUGGCUGCUCGUACAUCUGUCUGCUGAAUCCGACCAGCUACAGCUGUGCCUGCCCGAUCGGUAUCCAGCUGAAGGAUAACGGUAAAACGUGCAAGAGUGGCCCGUCCAACUAUCUCGUGUUUGCUCACCGUACCGAGGUGCGCCAGGUGUCGCUCGACAGUGACUAUCAGAUUGAUGUCGUGUUGCCGCUACCACCGAUCUCGAACGUAGUGACGCUGGACGUUGAUCGGCGCACGGGCGAAAUCUAUUGGGCGGACACGAUCGAGGAUGUGAUCAUGCGCUCCACACCGGACGGUAUGCGUAUCAAGCAGAUCUACAGCGAAAGCAUGACCAGUGUGGAUGGUCUCGUUAUCGAUUCGAUCGGUCGCAAGCUCUACUGGACGGACGCUGGCCGGAAGGUGCUGGAGGUGAGCGAUCUGGAAGAGGGCAUCCGCAGUGCGCUGGUCUGGAAGGAGCUGGAGCAGCCGCGCGGUAUCGCACUCGACUACGAAACCGGCUUCCUGUUCUGGUCCGACUGGGGCGCAAAUCCACGCAUCGAACGUUCCGACAUGGACGGUGAGAACCGGAUCGAUCUUGUCACGGAAGGGCUCGGCUGGCCGAACGGACUUGCGGUCGAUCGGGGUGCGAAGCGCAUCUACUGGGCCGACGCACAGAUGAAAACGAUCGAAUCGUGUACGCUGAGCGGUGCUUCGCGCACCAAGGUGGUGGAGAAUCUACCCCAUCCGUAUGCGCUCGCAGUCACCGCCCGCACCAUCUACUGGACCGACUGGAUCACGAAGGCACUGCACUCGGUACCGAAAUCUAGCCCCGCACACAUACGCAACGUAACGCACGGUUUGGAGGGUUUGAUGGAUGUGAAGGUGGUGCAGGAGGACGAGGAACGUCAUCUGGAGAAUGUGUGCGGUGCGGGUAAUGGUGGUUGUUCGCAUCUCUGCCUGCGCAAUCCGACCGGUUACUCGUGCAAAUGUCCGACCGGGCUGACAAUGCGUGAAGGUAGCACGACGGAGUGUAAAACUCUGCCAGACGAGUACCUGCUGAUUGCGCUACGCUCGGGCAUUGGACGUAUCUCACUCGAUACACCUGAUCUGUUCGAUGUGGUACUGCCGAUCGAGGGUGUGCAUGGAGCGGUUGUGCUGGACUACCACUUUGACAGCAUGUACGUGUUCUACGCGGACGUGAACGUGGAUGCGAUUCGUCGGGUCAACAUGCACAACUACUCCGACACGCAGGUGAUUGUGUCGAGUGCCCUCAACACACCGAACGGCAUCGCGGUUGACUGGCUGGCCGAUAAUCUGUACUGGACCGAUACGGCACUGAAGAAGAUUGAGGUAGCGCGGCUGGAUGGUUCCUGCCGGAAGGCGAUCCUUACCGACGGGCUGGACGAUCCACGCUCGAUCAUCCUCUACCCGAAACGGGGCUUCGUCUUCUGGGCCGACUGGGGUCAAACGCCCAAGAUCGAACGAGCCUACAUGGACGGUUCCGAGCGGCGCAGCAUCAUUGACUUUGAGCUUGGCUUCCCGACCGGUCUCGCCAUCGAUUUUGACGCGAAAAAGCUUUACUGGGCGGACGCACUGCAGGAUCGGAUCGAGCUGUGCGAUUUCGAUGGCCGUCGGCGGCAGCAGGUUGUGUCGCACGCGACACACCCGUUCGGGUUCACGCUCACCGCCACGCACCUGUACUGGACGGAUUGGUACAACAAGUCGGUACUGCGCGCACCGAAGUACAGCGCGUCGAACGUGGAGGUGGCACGGUUCAAUUUACGCGGUGCGCUCGAGAUACGGGCGGUGUCCGGGCAGCGGCAACCGCACGACUGGAACCCGUGUCGGCAGGAUAAUGGGGGCUGUUCGCAUCUGUGCUUGUACGCGGAAACGCGGUACGUGUGCGCCUGUCCGGAUGUGCCGGACGGGCAUCACUGCGAUCUGGAACCGACCUUUCUAGUGCUGAUGAAGCCGAACGAUGAGAUGCUGUCGGCAACGGAAGAGAAACCGCCCCGGUCGGACGGCUCAAUCGUGCUGACGACCAGCCGCAUGCACGCGCAGCUAGUCAUUAUAGCGACCGCCAUCUUGGCCGGGUUGCUGAUCAUCGUUGUCAUCGCUAUCCUAGUGCUGAUUGUCAACUCGAAACGCAAGCAGAGUAAGAAAAGCUCGCGCAGUGCCAGCGAUGUCCUUACCUUUACCAACCCGAACUACAACGGUAUCGAAGGCCUGUGUCAGACGGGCGAUCCAGGAUCGUCGCGCAACACCAUCUGGAAGCGGCUAAAGUAUGAUCGUGCACAGGAGCGGGUAUUUGAGGAGAAGUACCUGGGCGUCCAGCAUCAUGGCACGAGCAAUGGAAGCUACCUAGCAUCAACACCCACGUCCCAGAUCACACCAGUGUCAGCAGUUCUUCCCGUUUAAGGUGCAGCCUGGGGACCUCAACCGGGUCGUCACACGAUACACGCUCCCGAAUCCCGAUGCAGCUACAGUAGGGAAAUGGCGGCUCCGUUUACUAACGUCACCCAGAAUAUCUGAAAAUCAAUCGUAGACAACAGCGUACCGAAACCUUAUCUGCUCAAAACUGAAGUGUGCAAAAGCAAGACUAAGAAACAAAACACAAACAUUGUGGAAAUGUUAGGACUAUACAGGCAGCUAAUUCAACACAACAAGGACAAAGCCCCACAAAAUGGCCGACUAUUGGGAUAACGUUUCAAUUCAAUGAAAUACUUACGGGCAUGAGCUAACGAGCUGUUACGGCUGACAGCCCAUUUGCUGUGGGAAGCGAACGGACAGAAUCUUUAGCGAGUGAACACAGGAGUAGUGGUCCCCGAACCGGGGACCAAAAAAUUCGUUUUGGUUUAAAAAUUUCCGUUUUGAAGCGUUGCAUACUCCCAUACAUGCGUGAACAUGCUGUGAACUAUCCCGGUGGUUGCGUACGAGAUACCAAAGCGGUACUCGGCACUACCACCGACAUCGUUUCGUUUACACGGUUUUUACAUUGAUAACAGAAACUUUAGCCCAUCACCAACUCUUCCACCUACGAUCGGUUCACUGUGUCCACUUAACGUCAGUAUCAAGACAGAAUGCGAGUGGCAGGAAGUCGUGAGAGAAGGAGGGAGGAAGAAGGAAAAUGUGUAGAGAGGAAGAGAGAUGCGAGAGGGCCCUCAAUUUACCGUCUCUUUAUAUCCUUUGUGUGGACAGAGCACGUACACACGUAGUGACAGGUGUCAAAUACUAGUUGCGCCCCAUAGAUCAGGGUCAGCAAAAUAUGGCCGGUCAGCGAGGGUCCUCAGUACCGCGUAAGCAGUUUUAGACACUAAUCUUGUAUAUUCGUAGGUGAUCUGUACACGUGUACUAUGUGUGUUUCAACUCAUCCUGCAUAACUUCGUACAUUUAAGCAAGGCAAACUGAAAAACACACAUUUUUGGGUUGGCUCAACCACCUAGAACAAACAAACCAAGGGCAACGAGAUUUAGGAUGAAACUUGAUACGACUAUAUAGGAGGCUGUGUUGUGUACCAGUUUGACGUGCGUGUGUGUGGGUGGGUGUGGGUAAGGUUGUGUGCAGGACAGUAGGGACAGCUUAACCGGCUAUGUUGACGUCGGCUCUGGUGGCACCUCUGCUUAUCCCGUGUGUCGAGGGCUCAAUGAUCAUGGCGAUCGACCAGAGGUACACCAUUAGCCGAGGUGCUCUAUAGACUGUUUUGCUGGGUGCGUUUGGGCGUGAUAGUGUUCGGGCUUGCAUGCACCCACACACACACACGUCAAACUCGUAACUCUACGAUCCUGACGGGAUCGGGAGCAAACUACGUUUAUUAGUAAGGAGGAUACAUUAAGAUGGUCAGACAGAAGCAUUUGGCGAUCCUUGAAGAACGCUAUUGAUUUAUUUGUAAGUGGUGUCACGAUACUGCUGCGAAGGAAGGAGAAGAUGGUUCUGCUGUGCAGGUUCAUUACACUACAGAAGCCAUGUUUCUGUGUGUAUCUUAUACGUUUUUUUUCGAUCAGUAUGACACUUGUUUGGUCGGCAGUCGUUCAGCAAGCCGGUUGCAACUAUUGACUGAUUAUCGAGGUAUCAAGUAUCUUAGUUUAAAGUCGAGAGAGAUUUACAAGGUUCACACACAUACGCACACACACACACAAACAGGGACAUCUGCUGUAGUUAGUUAAGGCACCGGAAAGGGUACUGUGAAGCUUUACGUUCUUAAGGGUGUCUGACGAUGGCUAGAUCCAUGCAGCAAUACCUCGGACGAAUGGUUGAAGUUAAAGCACAUCCUUUUGCCAUAUUGGGUUGCUUGUGAAUGUGGUGGAACACUAUUACUACCAAAAGCCCUCUUUGGGAAUACAACCCCAUUAUGUUUGAGGUUAAGGUUCCGUCGUGGACACGAAACGGGAUUGAUAGAAUUUAAUUUGUUUAGGUAAAUACUGAAGACACUAAAGACUCAACAACAUACAGUAUCACUACACAAUCGGAGCACCAACAGGGCUUCAUUUUUUAGUAGAGAUGUUGGAUUUAUCAUGUCCUCAACACAAGUCGAACAGAGACUUCGUUCUGAUUCGGAUUAUCCCUGAGCAUUUUUGUGAAUUAAGACUCUAAGGUUUUUCUUUACCAAUUUAAAUGCGUACGUGUUUACUGCACCCGGCUGUUGGACCGUUUGAAGUUUAGCCGUGAGCUUACCGAAGUUAGCUCCUUCAAAAGAAACAAGCAUAUCUUGAUGUAGCUCAGUAUAACGCAGCGCGACUGGAGACUGGAGAAAUACUACUCAUGUUGUGCUUUGCUCUAAUUGUGAACACUGCAUCACAUAGGAUUACUAUUUCAUGAAGUCUUGUAGUGAAGUCUACUUUGCUGAGCUACAUGGGCAAAGUGCUUACGCUCGCGGUUCUCAGAGAACUGUCAAACUCGGAUGUAGUAGAAACAGAUAUUCCCUCUUCCUGUGUAAGCUAAUGAUAAAUUCCCUUCAUUUUCCAAUAUUGAAUAUCUCAUGAUUAACAGCUCCCUAUCUAACCACGUUUCACAUCACAUAAGCAAACAAACACUCAUGCAAGGCACAGAGUGGUCUAGCUAACGCGCAAGGCACAGAGACUCUCUGUCACCGAACACUACACCACAUCGGAACAGAACUGUCAAAACGCAGGCCUAUAACGUACUAUUAUUGAUUUAUGGUUUUGUGUUCAUGACUGUCAACAAGACGUAUCUUCCUCGCCACUGGUGCGGAACACUUGCUGCGGAUGUCUCAAUAAGGGGGCUCUAAAUUGAAACAUGUAACCUGGGGCAAGUUUUCCCCACCGGGAGAGGUUGAGCGUCUAUUUCUUGCUUUCCUUUUUCUUUAACAUGUACUUGUUACUUAACUGUUACAUUUGACUGAACACACACACACACUAUUACCUUUAGUAAAUAAGUAGUGUUUUCUGUUUCAUGUAUGACAGCUGACACCCGGUUGUCCAUAACCGGCAUGAUAGCGUGACGGGUGGCAGCUGUCAUUCAUCUUCUCCAGUUGCAACAGAGUGUAACCAUAAGAAACGAUAUGGGGCAGAAUCAGUAAUACCACAGAUCGAAAAACGCAUUUUUCAUGCAUGUUUUCAAUCGCAAUUCGCAUUACCAGAAUGCGCGUUUUAGUGCAAACCCGUAGAAACCGAACGGAUGCUAGCUGUAUGCAAGUGUAGGAUUAAGAAACCAAAACAAACCAUCUCGUUAAGGACCGUCACGGAACGCAUCAGAUGAUGGCUGGUGGCAGAAUAUAUUGGCACAAUGGUUGGAAAGCGAGCUAAAAAAAAUGCAGAGGCUCAAACCGGGAUUUUUACCACCCCCCAUCCAUCGCUUCCAAGCGUUGGCUAAGAUAUAUUCCUUGGAAUGGUAACUGUUCGUAACGCGUAACGUUAAGGCAUUACUAUGGUACUUUAAACGGUGUUGUUUUCGAAAGGGAGAUUUUUCAUUGUUUUCCCACGUUCGUUUUCUUUUUGUUACAAUCGCCAAGUCAGUAUGAUAUCAUCGGGAAGGUUACAAUUCGGCCGUCCCAGUUUAUAUAUGUAAAGAGAGAGAGAAGAAAACACAAUACAAACCAGAAGCCAUCGGGCAAAUCGGACUUCAGCACUCCGGAAUGAAAUUUGCGCAAGGCUCUGCAAAUUUUAUUGUCGCAGCGAUGAACCCGGAUAAAGAAAACUGAGAUUUAGUGAAUAAGGAGUGAUGAACAGCAGCAGAACAACAAAAAAUGAAGAAAAAAAACACACACACACAAAACAUAGUGCGUAGAGCGUUUGAAAUGCUACCGUAAUUUGAAUUAUGAUUGUAACAAAGAUAUGAAUAAUUUAUUAUUCUAAUUACCUUAUAUAGUAAUAUAGGGGAUACAAGUGUUUGGCAGGGUUAAAAACUGGCUUGUGAAAAUAUUAAAUGAAGACAAAAAUACACACACACACACACUCAGAUGCAGAAACACACACAGACAUAUUAAAGGGAGAGUUGAGAGGGCCGUUAGCGCUUAAUCACGAUCCCUUUUGUUUGAUGCUCAUUUUAAAACAAAAAAACAUCAUUUCUAGAUAUAUAGUAAUGUCCAGUUAAAAUGGACGGUAAGAAGAAAGCAAAAGUAAACAGAGAGAGAGAGAGAGAGAGAGAGAGAGAAAAAGAAAACGAUCUACGCAAUGCAUUUAACGAGAAAGCAUAUAUAUAUACACAUAUACAUAUGAUUUUGCUAUGACACAUAUGGAGAGAAAAAAAAACCGAAAGCAAAAACCCGAACAUUCCAAAAACAUGAAACACAAACAGAACAAACAACACUUGAUAAGUUCACAGCGAUACAAUGGAAACGUUGGAAGGUUGGUGAAACUAGAAACGGGAACUGAAAAAUAUGAAUUGAUAGAACGCAAACCGAGGUGCAAAGUAGCGAAUGAGCAGUUGACCUAAACUAAACCGAUUUAAAACACACACUCACACAGAUGGAAAACAAAUAAACCAAAUCACAUUUACAAGCGAGUGAAAGAGAGAGAGAGAGAGAGAGAGAGAGAGAGAGAGAGAGUCGAAGAAUGAUUUAAUGAGGGCGAAUUGGAGAUUGGAUAACCUCGAAGAGGGCAACCGGGCAAGUAGCCAUGAAACAAAAGCGAAGGAAAUUCUCUAAACACAAAAGGAAAAGGGAAAAGCGAGAGAAAAAAUACGGUGAAAAACAUAUGGCAAACAAAAGCACAAACAAACGAAACAAAGCGAAAAAAGGCGUGAACCGUAAGAAGAGAUGAGACAAACAAAACAAAACAAAAAAAAAAGAAUGAUAAGACGGUCAGCGUGAGUUAAACUCGCAACAAACGAUUCAGAUGAUAUUUAUAUUUUUAAAGAAAAUCAAACAAAAAGAAAAACCCAACUAAAUAGUACUGCAUUUAUUAGGAACAAAGAAGCGAGCGUAUGCAGUGAAGAAAACCAAAACCAAACAAAUUUGCGUUUAAACCCGGGCUGAGGUUGGAAUAGCAAAAAAAAAAAAGAAAGUUUUUGGUAGCAUAAACGAAAGACAGUAGAGAAGAAAACGAGUGCAGCAGCAGCAAGAAGAAGGGUUAGAAAAUGAAUGAGGCUGGAAAAGAAAACCGAAAGGAGAAAAAGAAACAAGGGAAAAUUUAGUACGAGCAAAUAAUAGAAGGCAAAAAUCGUAAAUUUCUCAAAUCAGUGUAUAUUAGGAAUUUAAACAAACAAACAAACACAUACACACACACACAAAGCAAACAAACAAAAACUUAAACACAAACACACGAAACAGAAAGCAAACAAAACAAGGAAAUAUGUUAAGGAAAUCAUGACACACCAAUAAGCUCAACUAAAAGCAACACGAACCGAACCGGCGGGAGAAACGAAACAAAACUACCAUCAUCGUGGACGGACGGCGGCAGACGGAAGCAAAGCAGGCAAAAAGAAGCAUGGCAAAUGAACAGGCAACAAAUCUAAAAAAACAAAAUGGUAGAAAGCGACAACGGGGGGCAAAAAACAAAGCAGAACAGUAAAUCAAUAAUAUAAACUUUUGAGAGGGAAAUUAGAAUGGUGCAGAAGAAAAAAAAACAGAAGAAGAUAACAAAACAAACAAACCUACAAAACAAAAACAAA